CCCUCGGUGUCCCCACAGGAGCAGGCAGUGGUGGAUUUCGAGCGGCUGGGCGAGCACGCCGCCGCCUUCCAGGGACACGACGUGGGCUUCUGCUGCCUGGGCACCACCAGGGCCAAGGCUGGCGCAGACGGCUUUGUCCGUGUGGAUCGGGACUACGUGGCGCAGGCAGCAGAGCUGGCGCGGGCAGGGGGCUGCAAGCACUUUGUCCUGCAGUCCUCCCGGGGGGCAAACGCGCACAGCCGCUUCCUCUACCUCCGUGUGAAGGGAGAAGUGGAAAACCUGGUGCAGGCUGUUGGUUUUGAUCGCUGUACCAUUCUCCGGCCAGCGGUGCUGCUGUGCAAGCGCCAGGAGUCCCGGCCCAUGGAGUGGAUAGUCCAGCAGAUCCUGGGUGCUGUGGCUCGGGUGUUCCCCACCGCUCACUCAGUGCCUGUGGACACGGUGGCCAGGGCUAUGGUGGCCUGUGUGCUGCAGCCAGGCCAGGGGAAGGUGGAGGUGCUGGAGAACGGGGCCAUCCACGAGCUGGGAAAGGCAGUGGCAGAGCAGGGCACAUAGAGCAGGAGGGGUGUGGGCAGGAGCUCUGUUCACCCUUCAGAUGCUCUCUGGGCUGGGGAUGAACACACCACGGGAGAGGUGCGGGGUGCUUGUGUGGAGCCACAGGUACAUCCACCUCUCUGCACGGUGCCUGAUUCUGUCAGGGGAUCAAAAUGCAGGUGCUGGCUGCUGGGUGAGGAUAAACAAUGUGCUCUGCUGCUGGAUCUGUGACAUGGGUGGAGAUGAUGUAACCCAGGCCGUGAAUAAAACCCUGUGACUGA